ACAAAUGUUUAUAAAUUCGCCAUGGAUCCAGUACAACGUAAAGCUUCGAAAUCGAACCAUGAAUCGAGUUUGGACAGCAUGAAUGAAAUAUAUUCAGACGAGAAGAAGUCAACAGCUGUGGAUUCGUAUGGAUUGGGUGUACGACACUUACAAAUGUUCCUCCUCUUCUUGUGCCUGGUCACAAGCUACAUCAGUAGAGUCAACUUAUCAGUAGCUAUAGUUGCUAUGUCCGAGAAACAAGAUAAUGCCACUGAUAUCAAGGUGUUCACCUGGAAUGAAAGGAUAAGAGGCGAGUGCCUGAGCUCGUUCUUCUGGGGCUACCUGAUAAUGAAUCUGCCAGCCGCUGUUUUAAACCACAAAUUCAAUGGAAAAAUGCUUUUGGGAGUAAAUUUAUUCAUCAACAGUAUUCUAGCUCUAUCGACUCCGUUUAUUGUGACGCAAUUUGACUAUCCGUCAUUGAUUGUCAUAAGAAUAUGUCAGGGUUUUGUUCAGGGUUUCAUGAUGCCAACCGUUUUCAGACUCCUUUCAAGAUGGGUUCCACCUUUAGAAAGAGCUAGAUCUGGAGCUAUAGUGCUGGGAGGUAUAAACUUCGGAUCCGCACUAACUUUUCUAACCUCCGGAUUUCUAGCGAAUACAUCGUUGGGAUGGCCUCUGAUAUUUUAUGCCUCAGGUGGUAUGGGAAUAAUUUGGACUAUCCUAUGGUACCUCCUGGCAGCUAACAGUCCAGACUCCCACAAGAGUAUAUCACAGGAAGAAAAGCUUUACAUCAAAUCGAAACUUACAGAAACCGCCAGCGAGAAUGUUCAUCUAGAUAUUCCAUGGAAGGAUAUUCUAACGAGUCCCGCCGUAUGUGGCAUAGUGUUUGCUCAUAUGGGCCAAAAUUGGGGCAUGUGGACGUCUCUCACCAGUGUACCCACGUUUUUUGGAAGAGCUCUCAAUUUUGACAUAAAAGAUGACGGUCUUCUUUCAGCAUUACCUUACAUUGUAAUGUGGAUAAUAUCAUUUCCAACGUCGAUUUUAGCCGACAAUCUGAUCAAGAGGGGAUACAUGACAAUACAGUUUUCACGCAAAUUUUGGAAUACAAUAGGUCAAGGAUUCACGGCCAUAUUUGUACUGAUUCUUCCAUUUGUGGCCGAGUACUCAAGGACAUUAGCAGUGGUUGUUUAUACAAUUGGAACCACGCUGAACUGUUGUGUCUACUUUGGUUUCAAUGUUAACCAUAUGGAUGUAUCUCCCAACUUCUCUACAAUUCUGUGGGGCUUGAGCAACGGAUCCGCUAAUAUCACGGCAAUUCUUGGUCCGCUAUUUGUGGGGUUUGUCAUUGAGAAUGAGCAUUCAAUAGUGGAGUGGCGUAAGGCUUUCAUAGCAUCUGCUGCGUUCUUCCUCCUGGGAAACAUUCUAUUUGUCCUUUUGGGGUCUGGAGAGACUCAGCCGUGGAAUCAACCAAACAACAAAAAAAAAUCUGAAGACGAGACUGGAAAAUGAUUCUAAACAAAGAAAUACCAUUAACCAACCAAAUCUGGUCUGGUAGAUUCUAGAGGCGACUCUUGGAACAGCGCGGAGGUUGUUGUAAAUUGAAGCAAAAUGAUGAUUAUUGUCAUAUAGGCCUAUGCUAAAUACGCAUCGGGAGAACUGCAACAUAUUUUUGUCAGAUACAAAGUUUUAGUUUUCAUUUUACAGAUUAUUGUAUGACAUGCUAAUCAUCAAUAAGUUGAUAUCUACUGGGAAAUCUCAUAGUUUUAUUCCACAUGCGAUUAUUAUAUUAUCAAAGCUAUCAUGGGUUUGAGAAAAUCAUAUAUGUAAUGAGAUAUUAUAAAAAUUAUGGAGAGAGAU